AUGUCAGAACUCAUGAACGAGCACUGUGGAGACUACCUUGACCUUAUGAGAGAUUUUCAAGUUUUCAAAAGAAAUGUUGACACAACCUCAGACAAGGCUUUCAUCAUCAGAAUACCUGCCUCUCUUUCGGAUGUGUCCAAGGAAUACAUGCAAAAAUCAUUUUCUGAAGCUGUGGCAUCCAGUGCUUAUGCAGGGGUAAUGAAAGUCGUUGGAAAUAAACUGAAAAUGUCGGCGUGUGCGGCAAGAGAUCUGUUUCGGAAAGUCAUUGAUAAAGUUACCCGCCAGAUGGAACAGUGCAUCGAUGACGUCAGCAAGAUCGCGCCAGCACGCACAAUAUCUCUGAUUCUGAUGGUAGGGGGGUUCUCAGAGUCACAAUUUGUACAGGAGACGAUAAAAAAUAGAUUUGAAGAUGUAGAUGGGAUGAAAGUGCUGGUACCAGAGAAUGCCGGACAAGCAGUUCUCAAAGGUGCUGUCAUAUUUGGAAGACAACAAGACAGUAUAACGUCAAGAAGGAUGAGACAAGGAAACAUGGCUACUGGAGGAACAGACACAUGUGUACUAUCAGAUGAAAUAUUCGAUCUACUUUGUACAGUGUGUAAACGUAAAGGGAAAAACACAGAAGCUGAAAAAUUUUGCUUUGAUUGUGGUGACUAUUACUGUCUAACCUGUGUCAAAGUUCACGAUGAUGUUCCUUUACUGACUGGGCAUAAGAUUCUCGGUAAGAACCAGUUUCAGUCGAUGUCUAUCAGGAUGAAGCCGCCGGUUCCAACAGAAAGAUGCGACAAACACAGUCAUAAACAUAUAGAUAUGUACUGCAAGUAUCACGAUGAAGUUGGUUGUUCAACAUGUAUGGCUACUGAACACAG